AUGAGGGUGAACACUAGCUUGCCACAACAACGACAGAACUUCCACCGACGAGGCCAAUCGUUUGAUCAACAACGAAGCCCCAUCCGGAAGCACCACCAUGGCAGCACAGUAAGUAUAACUGACAUAGGACAAUUCCACGGACAACAAAUUUUGCGAGAAGCGCAGCAGCAAAGAAUACCACGACCGGGCCAGCAACACCAACAGCAACACCCACAACAUCAACAAUUCCAACAAAACCAAAUGAACAUGAGCAUUGAUAUGCCCAUCUCGCCGGCGUGCGGCAUGUUCCAAAUGCCAAAUUCUCUACCUGGAACCCCGUACGAAAACAUGACAAUGAACGAGAUCAUGCACCAGAAUUCCCAGAGCUUAGAUUUCUCACAGACUCAACCCUAUUACUCCGACAUGAACAUGCCAGUCUCCAACAUUCAAAAUAUGGGAAUUAUGGACGAGAAUAAUGCCCAGUAUUUCCAAGACAAUCAUGUACUGCAAAUACAUCCCACCACUGGCAUUUCCUUCGAUAAUCGGAGGAUGUCGCAACCAGAUCUGCGGGUUCAGACACAGUUGCGACCCCAUACACCUUCCAAUCAAAUUCAGACUGCACAAUUUCCUCUCACCCCUCCAGUCAGCCAUCACAAUUCGCAUGUCCAGUAUUCCAGAUCCUUGCAAGCCUCUCCCGCUUUGCAAUCACCCUACCCCAUUCCGAUGGCCAGAGGUAGAUCUCUGCAAGGCAUCAUCGAACACGACGAAUCACGACAAGACUUCUUGGCCACUCCUGCUGGUACCUCUUUUGAGCUGGCCGAGAUGCCCGUCCCUGAACCUCGUGGGCGACGACAGACCCCUCCCCCGCAUAGACAACUGGAACCAGCCAAGGUAAAGACUGAGCAGGCCGUGUUUAAUGAAGCUCUGGACUUCUCCAAUGACGAUAGCCCAGCUAAUUUACCGAAUCUGGACAUCAACUCUGUUCCUGUCUUGACCUCGGAUCAAAUCAAGUCUGGAAGUAGUUCUCCCACGAGGCUUGCCUUGUCACCACGCCGCAUGUCAAUCUCAGACCUCAAUCUCGAACCGGGCAUUGAGGCCUCAAUCGAGGAAACCAACGUUACGCUGGACGACAUUGCCCAGUAUAUUGAAGGACCAGAUGGCGCAGAUAACAAAUGGAUCUGCAAAUUCGAAGGUUGCAACAAGAAGUUUGGCCGAAAGGAGAACAUCAAGUCACAUGUUCAGACUCAUCUUGGUGACCGUCAAUUCCGUUGCGAUCAUUGUAAGAAGUGCUUCGUUCGAGGUCACGAUCUAAAACGCCAUGCAAAAAUCCAUACCGGCACAAAACCAUACCCUUGUUUGUGUGGUAACUCUUUCGCUCGUCACGAUGCCUUGACAAGACAUCGGCAAAGAGGAAUGUGCAUUGGAGCUUUCGAUGGUGUUGUCAAGAAAGUUAUCAAACGAGGAAGACCGAAGAAGCAUAGACCAGAAAUGGAUGAACGUCUCGACAAGGCUGACCGCACUCGCCAAAAGAUCGCAGACUUCCAGGACAAUUAUACUUCGUCCGCUUCAAGUUGUUCAAUCUCCAGCUGGGGCUCACCUCCAACAGAAAAUUUCGAGAGCUUAAGCAUCAGAGGAUCUUCACCAUAUGAAAGCAUGCCAUUGUUUGCCGUUGCCCCCAAUGAUGGGACUCUCGAUCCCAUGAUGAGCUUCCCUCCCGACAAUUUCUCAUUUACGCCACCUGCAAGUCCCGGCUUCUCAACAGGAAACAAACCAAGCCCGAAUUAUCGCGAGCUGACCCCUGCAGAGCUCGGGGAUUUGACAAGCUUCCAAACCAGUACUUCGUCACAGAUGCUUCCAGAGCUACCUGCCAUGGAUCAAGGUCUACCCAUGAUGACUAUGGUCGGCGGUUUGUCUCUGCCAACUUCUGGACAAAGCCUACCAAGCCUCUCACAUUCGAGCUCAUCACCUGCCGCCGACGUGGUAGUCUUUGAUUUCUCCGACCAAUUCCAAAGUGGUCUUCCUUCUUCAGCAAACACUUCGCAGCUGCCCAUGAAGCUUGAGGAAAGAAAUGAAUUCGAUACAUUCCUCGACUAUGGAUCCUUAGACAUGGGCCUCGAUGCUUCAUCCCAAGAUUUCUUCGCCAAUCUCUCAUGA